CUUGUUUAGAUAAGUGAACAUAACCAAAAAAACAUAUUAAAUAGAUACUCGUAAGCUAGGCAAAACACUUUCUUACUUAAUAGAUAUUUCCCAUCUACCGUCGUCAUCCUGUAAUACAUGAAUUCUUCUCCCGUUUCAACCUUCUCAGGGCAUUGGCCGUCUUCCAUAAAGAUGUAGAGUUUGAGACAUUUCCACUCGUGAUUACAAAGUUAGUUCAUUUGAGAUAUCUUGCAGUUAGAUAUUACGGCAAUAUUCCUGGGUCAAUCUUAGAGCUUCAGGUUCAUCAAGAAUAGAGAAUUGUCUCAUUGACAUGUCCAGCUUGACAAAACUCCAAGCAUUGAAGUGUUACAGCUAUUCUUAUUGGAUAAUUGAGAUCCCCAUCAAAAGGUUUUUUUUUUUCCCAACAACACUUAAGAGGUUGACUUUAGCCGGCGAGUUCUGUUUUCAUUGGAAAUACAUAUCAACUCUUGUCAUGUUGCCAAAUCAUGAAGAACUCAAACUUAAAGGGCAUGCAGUCGUAGGUCAAGCAUGGAGAUUGAGUGAUGAAGAACAGUUCCAAAGCUUGAAGCAGUUGUUGUCUAACGAGCUAGAUUUUCGGAUGUGGGAAGCUAGCAGUGACAGCUUCCCAAAUCUAAAACGCCUUGCUCUGAAGAAUUGCAGGUACCUGAAAGAAAUUUCAACAGAUUUUGCAGAAAUUUGUACAUUGGAGUCAAUUGAGUUACAUGAUUGCAGUUCUCCUGCUGAGCAUUCUGCAAGAAAGAUUAAAAACGAACAAGAGGAGAUGGGAAAUAACUCCGUCAAUGUCUACAUCCAUAGGACUAGGAAGAUAGAAUUUUAUUAAGGGACCAUCUAAUGUUAUCUCCCAAAUGCAGAAGUUUUUAGUUUAGAUUUUGAAAAGUAAAAUCUUACUUUUAUCUUCUUAUAUGUUAGAAAAAUUUUGUUUUAGGAAUAAGCACGUUUAAUACAUGUCUGUACUGUAAUGUUUAUUUUGUUUUGUGUGAUAGUUCG